ACACAGAUGCUCUUCUUUUGGACUUGCGGCACCUAGCGGCAGACGUAGCAACUUACAGUAAAGCGCAGCAUCCUCAGCUGUCACUUUUAUCACAUGAAAACGCCUGGACGUGUUUGUCAAUGCAGAUGAGGAGUUAGAUGUCGUCAUUUGUUCAUAAACAAAGCAGGUAUACACGCUUUAAUAAAUUGCUAAAGAGCAAUGAGUCGUUGCUUGCGGGUAUUUUUACAGUCAUAUUCAGCUGUGUUUGCUAUCUUGAACACACCCCGCUGAGUACCCCGAUAUUGUUCAAGGGGAAUAAUGGCUGCACAGGAGCCGUCUCCACCAUCUUCCCUGGAAGGUAACAAACCGGGCUUCCCAAAGAAAAUUUUGGCUAACAACCUGGAGGAUAAGCAUUUGUGCAACUCGUGUCAGAAAAUCCUGAGAAGGCCCCUGCAAGCCCAAUGCGGUCACCGCUUUUGUUCGUUCUGUUUCAACAAAAUUGUGAGUUGUGGACCACAGAAAUGCAGUGCAUGCAUCAAAGAAGACCUGUUUGAGGAACCCACCUCGAUCCUUAAGCAAGGUGGUGCUUUCCCUGACAAUGCAGCCCGCAGAGAAGUGGAGGCCUUGGCAGCUGUCUGUCCCAAUGAAGGAUGCAUAUGGACUGGAACUGUCAAAGAAUUUGAGGUUCGUCAGCUGGAGAGAACGGUGAGCCUGAGGGACCUGUCCAUCGUGGAGAUGGAGGGAAAAAUGAGAGAAAUGUCCGCAGCCACUUAUGACGGCAUAUUUGUCUGGAAGAUCUCUGAUUUCACCAAGAAGAGGCAGGAUGCUGUGGCUGGCCGGGCCCCUGCUAUGUUCUCUCCUGCCUUUUAUACCAGUAAAUAUGGCUACAAGAUGUGCUUGCGGAUCUACCUGAAUGGUGAUGGGACGGGGCGAGGCACCCACCUGUCUUUGUUCUUUGUGGUGAUGAGAGGACACAGUGAUGCACUCCUCAAGUGGCCUUUUAAUCAAAAGGUCACCCUUAUGCUGCUCGACCAGAACAACAGGGAGCACAUAAUUGAUGCCUUCAGGCCUGACAUUUCAUCCUCAUCCUUCCAGAGGCCUGUCAGCGACAUGAACAUCGCCAGUGGUUGUCCGCUCUUCUGUCCGCUCUCAAAGCUGGACUCUAAAAACUCCUAUAUACGUGAUGACACCAUUUUCAUCAAAGCCAUUGUAGACCUAACAGGCCUUUAGGUAAAAGUUGAGGGCAUGAAUCCGACUCUGCCUUUUGUUGCUACUAACCUGUUUAAGUCAACAGGAUUUUGUAUCACGAGAAAUUAGGAUUUGCCUUUUGACAUUUAUUUGGUUUUUUUGAAUUUGGUAUGAUUUUAUUGGUGGCAAUAUGCAAGACCAGAGCAAGUUCUUUUGGGCCACUUGCCACUGGCCAAAAACUUGUGUAGCCAUUCUUAUCUUACCAAUUGAACUGAGUUUGUGUUUGACAAAAAUUGCAAAUACCUACCAAAGUGAAAAUAACAUCCAUACUGGUAUUUGGCUGAUAAUGUGUUAUUUUCCCUCCCCCAAGAAGUCCCUCAGGCCAGUGUUUUGAAACAACUGUGCUAUCCUAAUGACAAAAUAAUAGAGAAUAGCUAGCAUGCUUAUUAUAAGUCCAUCAAAUGAAGUGUACGUUUUUUUAAGGAGUUUUUUUUUACAAACUCCUUAAAAAUCUAAUAUUAUUGGCAACCCUUAAAAGAUUUAACAACAGGAGAUUCGUUUAGCUGAUAAUGUUUUAUUUAAGUUUCCAGACAUGUGUCUGACAACUUGGUGAUGUGGUAAAAAUAAUUUUUAUCUCCUUAGUACUGUUUUUGUCUCCACCAACUCUUAAAAAGGUUUUUGUGGCUUGUUAGCUAGCUAGCUAGCUAAACUAGCUACCAACUAUCUUGUUAGCUUAAUUUGUUUUCAGACAGUAGGUUUGGCAGUGAAAACAACUGCCUGCUGUUGGGAACAGGCUGAAUCAGAGUGGUGUGACUGAAUUAAAACUGUGUAAUAGAGCUGUUUUAUAUGACAUGUAGUUUUGUGGCCAAUCAUUAAUAUAGAAAUUCUGGUAGAGCAGCUAUAAAAAGAAAAAAACAAACCAACUGUCCACUAUAGUGCUCAUGUUGAAGCUAAUGCUAAUUUGUUAGCUUAUUUUAAGCAUUUAGCUUAAAUUUGCAACACCAAAACCUGUCCUAAAUGACUGAAAAUAUUGAACCUUAGACCAGUGACAACGUAGCUUUGUAUUUUGAACGACUUACAGACAUUGCAAGGUCUAGGCUCUUUAUUGAGUUUAUUGCCUAGCAUUUGGUAAGCUGUUUUUGUUUUUUUUUCUUUACAGUCAAGUUUGUCACACUGUUAAAGGAACUGUAACAGUGUGACACCCAUGUAGCCUACAGAAUAUUGCGCAGCUGUGCACACAGUUUGUAGUGCAGUAGAAUUUCAAACUGGUUUGCUUUUUUUUUUUUUUCCCCAUUCUGUGCCUCCAACUCAGACUCCUGUGUUCAUUGAUAAUCAUUUGUGGUGGUGGGCAUUGCUUGAAUUCCAUGAAUUCUGAAUGCAGUAUUUCACUCGAACGUUCGGUCUGUGAGUGUCUGUGUUCAUGUGUACACUGUUCCAUUUCUAUUGUUAUUUGCAGGGUUAGUUAAUGUUGGAUCUGUGGAAGAUACAGUAGCUUGCAGCAGUGUGCUGUUUGCCCAUGAAACAGUAACAGAGAUGGUAGUUGAGCUGAUUUGCCCAAAUGGAAAUGCAACAUAUUUUAUUAAAAAUAAACAUAUAUUUGCAUACAGGUUCUAAAAAAGUCUAUAAGUAUCUUUUGAUAGUAAUCUCUGGCUUUUUCAAAAAAGUAUUUGUUCUAGCUAAUCCAGUUGAUGUCGAUUGCUUGGUUUGUAACGUUGUUCAGUUGGUUAGUACAUGUUAGAAUAGCAUCCACAGCCAAUGGGACGUUUUUUUUUCUAGCUGAAUAUUACAUUGUAAAGAAAUGAUUAAUGUUUUUCACUUCCCCUGUCAGUGGUUUUAAUAUUGUGACAGUUCGUCCAUGUGAUACUUGGGACAGUUUACUUGUUAAACUCUCAAAAGCUCCUGAGAUGGGAUGAGACAAAUCACUGAAACUGGUGACACUGAAAGGAAAUGUGCCCCCUACUAGCUAGUGGGUAACAUGAUUUUCUCUAUGAACAGUACCUUUAACAGUACAGAAAGUACAUCAAGUGUGAUCACAGAAACACAAAGUCAGAACAAAACUACACUGAAACAUGAAUACAGUGAUGCAAAGUGAGAAAAUAACUACUAUGAUACAGACUAAUAAAAUAAGUACAAAGUGAUUCAAAACCACAAGCUGGGGAAAAUGACCAUAAGUAGCUAAAUCAAGAGAAUGUCACCAAAGAGAUUUAAAAAUGAUUUAAAGCAACAACUACAGAAAGAUGCAAAUCUAUUUUGAAGAGAGUACAUAACUGCAAAGAUCAAACAACAAAGACUAAAGGAUUACAAAGAUAUGCAGAGAAAAUGAUGCAGAAUAAACAGAUUCAGGGAGAUGGAUUACUAUUCCAAAACAAGACCUACAAAGAAAAAUCCUGAAGACCAAUGGCUACAAAAUGAUAUCACCUAUCAUCAACAUAAUUUCAAGAGAGAUAUAUUUGCAGGAAGAUUUAAAACGAUCUAAAAGAAGGAAAAUGACUACGCAGAAUAACUAAAAACAGACCUAAUAAUUACAAAGAGAGACAAAGAUAUGCAGAACAACUUCAAAGAGCCAUCUCUUCAGCGAGAUGCAAAGCAAUUUUAAAGAUAAAAAAUGUCCACAAAAAGAAAAUAACUGUCCCCACAAGAAGCCCCAGAACAAACAGAUAUGUUGAAUGAAUAAAAUGAGAUUCAGAUGACUUCAAAGACACAGAGAGAUGCAAA